AACCCUCACUGAAUACUUCUGUUUAGUAAUAAAUAGUAUUAACAGUUCAUGAAUAUCUCCUACAGCUCUUUGAUUCUUGAAUAUGGGCAACGUCAUUGACUCGUUUGCUUCGGGCUUAGGACAGGCUGUUGGCAAACUAUUUAGUUCUCCCAUUGAAUUUCUUUCUGGAAAAUCUUGCAGCUCAGUGUGUGGACCAACAUGGGAUUUCAUGUGCUAUGUCGAAAAUUUUUGCAUUGCCAAUAUCCUGAAAUUAGCCAUGGUAUUUAUGCUAUCGUACAUUGUUCUGUUGUUCUUCUAUCUGGUGCAUAAAUUGGGCAUAUGUGGAUGUCUUUGCCGGUCUUCUUGCAAAAUGAUAUGGGCAUGUUUCUCUUCGUGUUUCCAUGUUUGGGAGUAUUCUUGCACUUUCUUGUGUAUUAAGCUACACAAUAUCAGGAGAACAAGAAGAAUAAGAAGAAAGGUCAGAAUGGACAUGAAAAAGAAAUUCUACUCAGGAGAAGAAGAUUACUCAGGUGAAAGUCUUUCGCACCAUUUUCCAACAUCUGCAAAAAGGAUAAGAUCAAUUUCGCGUAGUAGAGAUUAUAAAGCCUCCCACCUAAGGAAGUGUUUGGAACCUAGGAGACAUCAUGCUAGAGUUGAAAUUAGUAGAGAUCUUAGAUGUAAAAGUAAAAGGAAUCAUAGUCUUGGAGAGCCCAAUUUCACAAGCAAUGCCAUUAAGCAUGGCAACCACAUAGGCACAAUCAAUGACAUAAAGGUAAUUCGUACAUCUAAGUUUGCAAGAAAAGGUAUAUCUAGAAGGAACAGAGUUCUGCCGAGGCAGAGAAGGUAGAAUUUCUUAGUUGAGGGAGGGUUCUUAUGCGAACCACUUUGUCUCGCUGUAUGUUUCUGAUUUGUCAGGAUGAAAAACAAAAGUUUGGAAUAUACGAGAAUCUGGAAUGUUAAGAAUUUAUUGUUGGGUUUGUAAGAUAUUGCAAAUAUCCAGUUUCAGCUUGCAGCAUGAAGAAGUUCAUUCCUAAUACUGGUGUCAAGUGUAAAUGAAGAUGAAUUUUCAACUCCACUGGAGAUGUAACAGGGUCUUGUGCUGUGGAGAAGAUCAUUCAUAAUUUUGUGUUGUGCUCUGGCAGAUAUGAUUUAAUAGUCUCUUUUGUUAAAUUAACAAAAAUUA